AUGUGGUGGAAAGAUAACCUCUUGCCCUGGCGCUUGGCCAGGCGCGGUGGCGGUUUCUGGUGGUGUGGUGCCGCUAGAUCAAUCUACAUCGGCAGCGCCCGCCUUUUCCCGUCCACAAACAACGGCCAAACAGCGUCUUGCGGCAGCACUUGCCCGUUUGUUGGAGGCACAAGACAGGUCGCUUGGUUUUCCUCAAAAGCUUUCCUGCAUUCUGUAAAGUCCGCGCCAAUGCUCCAUUGCCAUACCGUUCCCUGUGCUGGCCAUUGCCGAAGCAGAAAGGACAGCAGCCACCACGACAGCCCGGAGAUGGCGCAGCAAGAUCUUCCACCGCAGAACAUCAGCAUUCCUCCUCACCAUCUUCGCAUUCAAGAGCGCCUGGUUGCUAAGCGGCAAAGCGGCAGCAAUGGCUCCCGCGGCGGCGGCGGCGGCGGCGGCAACAACCGCGCUCAGCCCGCAGCCUCGCCGCCUUCCUGGUCGCUAGACCGCGGCACCAUGCGGCAGUUAGUGGACGCGGCGGAGGGCCUCUUUACGCCGUGUCCCCAGUGCCACGAACAGCACCGCGGCUCGCGCGACAGCCACGUGUCGUUCCUGGACGUGGACGAUCCAUACGGUCGAGCCUACUGCCACUUUUGCCGCCCUGUCGGCGCGGGCGUGCGAGUGGUGCAAGUCCGCCGCAACACCUACCACGAUGUCGUGAUGUCGUACUGCGGACUGUCAGUGCCACCAAUGGGACACGCCGCUGCCAGGGUCGCUGUUGUGCGCAUUGGGGACCUCGGCAAACUGUACGACAUUAGCGAAAUCCAGCAGUACGUCAUCAACAACGGCAAAGUCAUCUUUCUUCGAGCCAGACCGCAGGCGCCCAAGCCCGGCGGCUACACCAUCCCCACCUGCUACUACUGCCACCGGGCCCUCAUGGAGCCCAGCAGCCGCUUCUGCUCCAUGGAGUGCAAGCUGAACCGCGAGGAGGGGCUGCCGCCGCUGACACUGGCGGAGAUCCGGGCGGCCGGGGACAACCGCAGGGUCAAGAUCCCGCGCAGGCUGGCGGAACAGAGCAGCUCGGCGGCGCACAGCGACCGGGAGGGACAUUCGCCGGACUGCAACCGCAAACAGAAGAGCCAACAACAGCCGCAACAGCCGAGUUGCCAACAACAGCAGCAACUUGAGGAACCGCAGCUAUGGCGACGGCGUGAUAGCAGUAAUGCUUUUUCCGUCGGCAAUGGCGGCGGCGAGGAAGGCGGCGGCAGUGCGGCGGUCUCCGGACAGGGCCCCGGCGCCGGCGCCGGCGCGUGGGAGGAUGACGAUGGCGGGGUCAGUGUUGCCGUGACGGCAGCCGUGGGUGGCGGUUCGUGGCUAAGCAGUCGCUUGGCGCCGCUGACUGGCAUGGUGGAUGAGAACAGCCCCUCGGCUGCAGGUGCUGCGGCCGCCGGCGGCACCGACAUCCCGAACCACCGACCGCCGCGUGUCCCACAAUCGUACGGCAACCUGCAUCCACCGCCCGCCGCCGCGCUUUUCAUGGAGGCCAGCGGCCGACCGCAGCGGCUCCGCCAGCCGCCAAAGCGAGUGAGCAGUCCUGCGCCGCGGAUCAAGUCAGGCGCUUCGUCGGCAGCGCCGUCGUACGACUCGCGGCUGCAGCUGCUUGCCGCGAUCGGCUGCAGCGACGAGCCCUCUCAGGCGGCGCCGCAGCGGCAUCAACCGGUAAGGCGCAUGACGACCGUACGCGCCAAUAGCGCACCACUCGACGGCAGGAUGCCCGGUAGCGGCGGUGACGGUAGCGGCGGUGACGGUAGCGGCGGCGGCGAUGAUGCGGUGACCGCAGCAGCCGGCAGCGCCGCCGCUGGGGAGCGUUUUCCCCCGCUGGCUCCGUUGUCAGGUCGAGCUGUCGGCGCUCUGCCUGCUGGCAUCGGUGAGUACUUGCUGUCCCUCGUACGAGCCAAGUAUUGCAGGCUAGCCGCCAGUGCUGGCGGCGAGGCUGCAUGCGACGGCGCACUGGAGGCUCCGGAGGCAGCGGCGGCGGCGGCAGCACCACUGCCACCCAGGCCAGCGCCGGCAAGUUCACUCGCCUCCGCCUUCGCCGCCGCAGCUGCGGAGGUGGAGGCGCCGCCGCCGCCGAAGCCCAUGGAGCUGGAUGGCCCGGAGCCUGCUGUGCUGCGCCCCCGGGCAAUGCGCCUGUUAUCUGCUGGCUCUGGGCCCUGCAACGCACGGCCGCCGCUUUCAGCUGGCUGCCACUCCUUCGCGGGCCUUGCGCCGCAUCCACAGAGGGAACACACUGCCGUUGGCGCCAAGCGCCGUUGCGCGAGCAUUGACCUCGGUGAUGCGGCCGCCGCCGCCGUCGUCGCUGCUGCAGCGGCGUCAGCAGCAGGCGGUACAACACUGGGCGGCGGGGGUGGCCAGCCGGAGGUGACGUCACCGCUGCGGCGUCACGACAACCGCGGGGCGGCGGGAGCCGCGCAGGCGGAGGACCUGGCGGCGCGUAUGGCGCUGCUCAGCCCAACACGCAUCGCGCGAUUCAACGGCUUCGCAACCAGCAGCGGCAAUGCAGCCGCCGCUGCCGCCGCCGCCGCCGGCUCAGCAGCAGCAGCUCUUGGUGUGGAUCCUGGAUUGGGCCCUGUGGUCACACUCAUGUCGGCACUACUGCCGGUGCGGCGAGAGGUAGCCGGCGGCGGCCACGAUAGCACGUCCGCGUCAGCCGCGCUCUCAUCCACGCCGGAGGCUGACGGCGACGUCGACGCCGGGGCGGGCGGCGACGUCCGCCGCGUCAAGCCUCGCAAGAGCCGCCCUCGGCAGGCCGCGAUGAGUUGA